GCCACCAGGCUGGCAGCGGCAGUGGGUGUUCCUCACAAGGCAGUGGCAACUUCGAAAAGAAGCUCCUGGCACGGAGUUUCCUGCGUGUUUGUGAAGGUGUAACAUGGUAUACAAAAUGUAUAAAAGUGGCCCUCGCAUCCUUCACUUUUUCUCUAUGUGGCCCUCGCUGGAAAAUGUUUGGACACCUCUGCCUUAAGCGCAGCACAGUGUUGCCAACUCCUCAGCAAGAAAAGUAGCUAUUGGCUGUCCUCAAAGUCGCUAGACACCGCCUCAUUUGCAUAAUGUAUUGCAAUGGACGCUGUAAAAGAGAUACACAAACAUGGAGUAAAACAAAACAAAAUCAUGCAAACUAAGAGCGCCACAAUGGUUCCAGAAAAAGUCAGGCACCUUAAGCCUUUGUCAUUGUACUCUAGGAUGAACAUGCCUAAAGGGAACCCGGACAGUUUCCCUGAGCCGUUCAUUAAUUAUAAAUUUGAAAUUGUCGCCAGUGGUGCGACAAAGCGUAAAUUAGCUGAUUGCCAUCAGGAGAACGAUGAGAAUCUGGCAAAGAAACCAUUUCAACCUUCGCUGUCGCUCUGCAGCCCUGCGCCGACACAACACUCCCCUCUUGUCUCAUCCCGGGCCGCCAUGUCGACCAAAGUGCCAUCUGUCAAAGUCCAGGCCAAUGUCGCGUGCGAGUUGACCCCGAAACCAUGCGGGCACGAAGAUGUGGAUCCUUGUGUGUUGAAGUGUGCGAUCUCAGGUCAUCAGCCUGCCUUUGACGCUGAUGUCGAUAAACUCUUGUCCCUUGAUCCCUCAGACGUUAAUGGUAAUGUAAAACAUGAUGAGGAUAAAGGAUAUGUGUCCAUGUACCUGCAGCCCCCGCCUACCUACAGCCCGGAGGAUCUUGCCUCUGGGCUUCUGGGGCCAACUCAGGUUUCAGGAUGCAGCGUCCCUCUCGCGAUGAACCAUCAAGACUUGGCCGUAGGCGGGUUGUCGGUGCAAUCGCCUGUCGAACUAUUGGGCGACUCUGUGCAAGGGGAGUGGAAUAUCGGCCCCCCCAUUCUGGAAUCCUCUAUGUGUGUGAAGGAGGGGUAUUGUAGUGUGAGCCAUGUAGGUGAGGAGGUGCUGUCAAAUGAGACAACAUCCCUCCUUGAGUGCAGUGCACUUGAUUCGGACACUAGUUUCAAAGUCCAGGUGAAAUCAGUGGUGCAGAUUCCCAGUAAGCCCAUGCCCAGCAGUACACCAGAUGCACCUUUCCAAAAGAAGAGGUCCAACUCAAAAAACAGUAGCAGGCCAGUUGUCUUCAAAACUGCAGAGGAUUGGAAUCGAGAGAAAGGAAAAUAUGUCCAGUUAGUCCUUCAACACGUCCAUGAGGGUUCAGGUGCUCAAGAUGCUGUCGGUGAAUUGCGCAGUUUGAUGGCACAUGUCGGCCAUGGCGCUUCCGGAAGAUCAUGGCAGCAUCCAUGUGACCUAACAUGCAGGAACUACCAAGCACGUUUGGGGAGAGCUGUGCCCAAAAUGACCCUUCGCGAGUGGCAGGCCAAGAACUCUCACAUGCACAAGCGCUUUAACAAGACGCCAAAAAUAUUUCAAAGAAGUCCAGUUUUCUAAGCCCUUUUAUUGUUCUUGUUAUGACCGUUCUUGUCUUUGCACUUUUUUGUUUGCACUAUUUUUCUACGUAUUGUAUUCUAUGUAAACAUGUGUCGUGUUGGCGCACUUUAUUAUCAUGCAUGUUGGCUAAUAAAGCCAUUUUUCACAGGUUAGGUAUUUUUUAUAAUAGUCUGUUUGAACCGUUAAGUGAAACCCACAAAUUGCCUUUGCCUCCAUACAUUUUAUUGGCUAAACAAGAUCACGUGUUCAUGUUGGGACCUUCCCUCAGUUUGUUUAACCAUUUCUAAAUAAAAGUACAGUGAAGUGGA